AUGAGCGAGAGUUCCAUUGUCGCAUCCACGAAGGCUGUAUACAGGCUCUGGUAUGCGGGCUCCCGCGACGCCGCGGACGUGUCCCGGAUCGUCCCCGCGCUCUACCGCAACCCUGAGCUCGCCGACCACAUCAAGCGCGUCGUCCUGAUCAACGGCGGCCUCUUCCUGGGCUCCCAGCUCGCCUGGGCGGGCGCCGUGGGCCCCGCCAUCACCAGCCUCCUGUCGCGCUCCUGCCACCUCGGAGCCCGCGCUGCGCACGUCUGGCUCGCCCCCCUCGAGGAGCUCGCGCACGCGGACGUCGAGGCGGCCUGCGACGCCGUCGACAGCGGCCUCCACUUUGCCUUCCACGCUGCGUGGCUGGGACCCGUGUAUCUCGUCGCGACCGCCUGCUGCUUCCCGAUGUUCGGGAAGAUCGCGGCCGCCGCGCACGAGGGCGCGAAGCGCGAGGCGGACCUCGUCGCCGCCAGCAAGGCGUCGCACGCGCGCGCCAACAGCACCGGCGACGACGCGGACGGCGACGACGAGCCCGCCGUGACGAUCCACGGCGCGCUGCCCGUGUCGCGCGUCGUGCCCGCGACGCCGCGUCACCCCGAGCGCGCGGAGGGCGACGGCGCGGCGGGCGCGAGCAAGGCGGGGGCUGGCGCGCGCAGCACGGCCCCUUCAACGCACUGGAAGGAAGUGCUGGCUGCGGUGCCGCAGGAGGACAUCAUGAAGGGGAUCAUCGUGGCGGUGUUCAUGGGGACGGCGAUGCUCGUGGGCCUCGCGCCCGUGGUGGGCCCGCUGCUGUCCGCGGUGCUGAUGGCCAUGAUGUACGCGCUGUGGUGCUUCGACCUGCACUGGCAGCUCGCGGGCUGGCCGCUGGAGAACCGCCUCUGGUUCAUCGAGAAGCGCUGGCCAUACUUCCUCGGCUUCUGCGCCCCGCUGUCCUUCCCGCCGCUCUUCCUUCCGUUCUUCUGGGCCGCCGCGGUGUCGGGCACGCUGUACCCCCUCCUCGUGGCGUCCGCGUCCGUCACCGACGCACCGGCGUCCUGCGAGGCCGCCCUGGGCGCGGGGCCGCACGGCGCCAAGGGGCCGGACAUCCGCGGGAUGCCGCUGCCGUUUUUCCGGCCGGCGCUGGCGGCGGGCGAGAUCGGCGGGCGCGUGGUUGGCGGGGCGAUCAUGCGCAUCACGCGCGGGCGCCCGUCGGCACGCGAUCAGGACAAGGACGGCGCGAAGGACAGGGGCGCGCGGAGUGAGAAGGACAAGGACGGCGCGAAGGACAAGGGCGCGCGGAGUGAGAAGGAGGAGACGCCGGUGCCGAGCGUGAUCGGCGAGGAGCAGGUCGAGGUGUCGGAGGACGGCGCGGGCAGCGGCAGCGAGGAGGCCGCAGGUGGGCAGGGCGAGGGUGCGAAGGGCGAGGGGAAGGGCGAGUGA